AAUCUAAAGAUUCACAUGAGGAUCCACACCGGAGAGAAACCGUUCACAUGUGAUCAGUGUGGAAAGAUUUUCUCAAGGAAAGAUAUUCUACAGCUUCACAUGAGAGCUCACAAUGGAGAGAAACCGUUCACAUGUGAUCAGUGCGGGAAGAGCUUCACACAAAAAGCACUUCUUAAGCUUCACAUGAGAGUUCAUACUGGAGAGAAGCUGUUCACAUGUGAUCAAUGCGGGAAUAGAUUCACACACAAAACACAUUUUAUGGGGCACAUGUGGAUCCACACUGGAGAGAAACCAUUCACAUGUGAUCAGUGUGGAAAGAGUUUCCCAUUCAAACAAAGUCUUGAGCUUCACAAGAGAGUUCACACUGGAGAGAAGCCACACAUAUGUGAUCAGUGUGGAAAGAGUUUCUCAUACAAACAAAAGCUUAAGCUUCACAAGAGAAUCCACACCGGAGAGAAGCCGUUCAAGUGUGAUCAGUGUGAAAAGAGAUUCUCAAUGAAAAAUCAUCUUAAGCUUCACUUGAGAGUUCAUACUGGAGAGAAGCCGUUCACAUGCGAUCAGUGCGGGAAUAGCUUCUCACGAAAAUCAUAUCUUCAUGUUCACAUGAGAGUUCAUACUGGAGAGAAGCCGCACUGGUGUGAUCAAUGUGGGAAGAGAUUCACACAACCAGCACAUCUCAAACGACACAUGAUGGGCCACACUGGAGAGAAGCCAUAUGCAUGUGAUCAGUGCGACAAAACAUUUUUUGAGACAUCAGCCCUGAAGAAACACAUGACGGUUCAUACGAAGGAGAAGCCGCAUUCAUGUUCUGUAUGUGGAAAGAGUUUUUCACGACUGCAGUAUUUGCAUAAACAUGAGAAAACACACAUUGGUGUGAGAGAGCAUAUGUGCUUUGAGUGUGGGAAGACUUUUACUUCAGCAAACUGUUUAAAACUCCAUGAGAGGAUUCAUACUGGAGAAAAACCUUACAAGUGUUCACACUGUGACAAGAGAUUCAAUCAGACAUCAAGUCGGAAAACACACGAGAGGAUCCACAACAGAGAGAAGCUGCACACGUGUGAUCAGUGCGGAAAGAGUUUCUCUGCUAAAAGUCACCUGAAGUUGCACAUGAGGAUCCAUGCAGUGGAGAAACCAGAUCACCGCAGUCUGAGAUCACGGAAUGAUGGAGAUUGACGAUGAAACGAAUGAGGAGGAGUGACAUCAUGUAGUGGACUUCGUCUCUCACCACAAAGAACUCCCCGACACCACUGGCUUCGGUGGACCACUUCUGCAGUU